AAUGUUUGUUUUGAUAGCCUGACUCUGAAUACUGAUCAUGGGGAUAUCUUACUGGACUACUCGAAGAACCUGGUUACAGAAGAAGUGAUGAAAAUGCUGAUUGAACUGGCAAAGUCAAGGGGUGUGGAAAGUGCCAGAGAACGAAUGUUUAGUGGAGAGAAGAUCAACUUCACUGAGAACCGAGCUGUGCUUCAUAUUGCUCUGAGAAAUCGUUCCAAUACCCCAAUACUUGUAGAUGGGAAAGAUGUUGUUCCAGAAGUAAACAAAGUGUUGGACAAAAUGAAACACUUCUGCCAGAAAGUCCGUAGUGGUGAAUGGAAAGGCUACACUGGAAAAGCUAUAACUGAUGUGGUCAAUAUUGGGAUUGGUGGCUCUGACUUGGGGCCUCUGAUGGUAACUGAAGCCUUGAAACCAUACUCCAAGGGAGGUCCACGUGUUUGGUUUGUAUCUAACAUUGAUGGUACUCAUAUAGCCAAAACCCUAGCUGAGCUCCACCCAGAAACCACGCUCUUCAUCAUUGCAUCAAAGACUUUCACCACCCAAGAAACUAUCACCAAUGCAGUAACGGCCAAAGAGUGGUUCCUACAUGCUGCUAAGGAUCCUUCAGCUGUGGCCAAGCACUUUGUUGCCUUGUCUACCAAUGGUCCUAAAGUUAAAGAGUUUGGAAUUGACACUGAGAACAUGUUUGAGUUCUGGGAUUGGGUUGGUGGUCGCUAUUCUCUGUGGUCAGCCAUUGGUCUCUCCAUUGCCCUUCAUAUUGGUUUUGACAACUUUGAGAGCCUGCUUGCCGGAGGCCACUGGAUGGAUAAACACUUCCAUACUGCUCCACUGGAGAAGAAUGUGCCUGUUCUCUUGGCCAUGCUGGGGGUGUGGUAUAUAAAUUGCUACGGAUGUGAAACCCAUGCAUUGCUGCCCUAUGACCAAUAUAUGCACCGCUUUGCUGCCUACUUCCAGCAGGGUGACAUGGAAUCUAAUGGCAAAUACAUUACCAAGAAAGGAUCUCGUGUGGACUACAAUACUGGCCCUAUUGUGUGGGGAGAACCUGGCACCAAUGGGCAGCAUGCAUUUUACCAACUCAUUCAUCAAGGAACACGCAUGAUUCCCUGUGACUUCAUGAUCCCAGUUCAGACUCAGCAUCCUAUCAGAAAUGGCUUGCAUCACAAGAUCCUUUUGGCCAACUUCCUUGCUCAGACUGAGGCCUUGAUGAAAGGAAAGACUGCUGAUGAAGCUCGUAAGGAACUGCAAGCAGCUGGACUGAGUGGAGAUGCUCUGGAGAAGCUUCUUCCCCAUAAGGUCUUUGAAGGUAAUCGCCCAACCAAUUCCAUCAUGUUUACAAAACUCAACCCAUUCACCUUGGGAGCAAUCAUUGCCAUGUAUGAGCACAAGAUAUUUGUUCAGGGGGUUGUCUGGGAUAUUAACAGCUAUGAUCAGUGGGGGUAAGUUCUCUUGAUCUGUUUCUUGUGUAUUUACUAACUGUCA